AAAUAAUAAUGAGAUAUUAUAACAUGGGAUUCGCCCCAGAACUGUUUGCCUGUGAGCAGAUUGCUGGUGGAUGGCAUAUUAAUAUUGUAGUCAUGGAGCUGCUGAUGGAAUACUGCACAGCAUACUCUCUUGCUGAGAAAUAUCAUCUCUCAUCCAGAACAUUGAAGCAAGUGAAGACACUGGUAGAAAAGAUGCAUGACCUUGGCUUUGUGCAUGAGGAUCUGAGGCUCUCAAACAUUCUGGUGGGUCCUGAGAGUUCAGUAAAAUUAGUAGACUUUGACUGGGCUGGCAAGAUUGAGGAGGCCAUCUACCCACCCCUUAUAAAUCAUGAAAUCAGUUGGCAUCCAGAGGUGAAGUUUGGAGCAGAAUCCGCCGGAACAUGA